AUGAGGUCGAUGCGCCACGCCGCCUCAGCGCGCCGGCUGUUGAGGCCAUGCUGUCAAUUGAGUAUAACAAGGCCAUGGCAGACGAGAACCACCGGUGUACCUGCUCUUCUUGCACCACACAGCCGCCAGGCCUACCGCCAACGGAGACAACUUUCAUCUUCUCCCAUCCGCCGAGACGAGAAUGAGAGCGAGGAGCGCAAAUGGUCUACGCCGUUGGCCAAACAGCUGGCCGACGCCAUAUCCAUCACAGGGCCGAUACCACUCGCAAGCUUCAUGCGCAUGUGCCUGACAUCGGACAUUGGCGGCUACUACACCGGCGCCCUGGCCGACACCGGCCGGGACCCAUUUGGCCGCACGGGUGACUUUGUCACAUCGCCCGAGGUGUCGCAGGUGUUUGGCGAGCUGGUGGGCAUCUGGUUUGUGGCCGAGUGGAUGGCGCAGGGCCGGCCGGCCGCGGGUGUCGAGCUCAUUGAGGUCGGGCCCGGUCGCGGCACGCUGAUGGACGACAUUCUGCGGACGAUCCGGCACUUUGGGCUGGCCAAGAGCCUGGAGGCGGUGUACAUGGUGGAGGCGAGCGCACAGCUGCGGGCGGCCCAGAAGAACCUGCUGUGCGGGCCGGACGCCGAGCUGACGGAGUCCAAGGUUGGCUACCGCGGCGUGGGCAAGCACGGCGUGCCGAUUGUCUGGACCGAGACGAUCCAGUCGAUCCCCAAGAGCCCCGAUACCAUACCUCUGAUUGUGGCCCACGAGUUCUUUGACGCAUUGCCCAUCCACACAUUCCAGUCGGUCGUCGUGCCGCCGGCGGCCAGCGAGGAGAACCCGUCGCAGCCAUCGCAGCCAUCGCAGCCGUCGCCCUCCGUCACGGUCCGCACGGGACAUCCCUCGCAGAGUGCCAAGUCCGCCUCGCCCCUGCAGUGGCGCGAAAUGGUCGUCACGCCCACGCCGCCAGGCUCGACCCACGAGAGCUUGGGCACACCGCGGUCGCAGCGCCCGCAGCACGCAGAGGCCAGCAACGACACCAGCCCCGUCCCGGACUUCCAGCUGACGCUCGCACCCGGCGAAACCCGCCACUCCCACUACCUGCCCGCCAUGUCGCCCCGCUACCGUGCUUUGCUCGAGCGCAUGCCCCAGGGCGGCGCCAUCAUCGAGGUCUGCCCGGACGCGGCGCUGUACGCGGCCGAGUUUGCAGCGCGCAUCGGCGGCACCGCCGCGCACCCCAAAGCAAAGCCGGCGGGCGCCGCGCUGAUUCUGGACUACGGCCCGGGCGACGGGUCGAUCCCGGUCAACUCGCUGCGGGGCAUCCGGCAGCACCAGCUGGUGAGUCCGUUUGCGGAGCCGGGCCUGACCGACCUGAGCGCGGACGUCGACUUUGAGGCGAUUGCGGAGGUGGCGACGCAUGCGAGCGAGGGCGUCGAGGUGCACGGGCCGGUGGAGCAGGCGGAUUUCUUGCUGAGCAUGGGCAUCCGGGAGCGGGCACAGGCGCUGGCCAAGACGGCGGGCCUGGGCCAGGACGGCGGCGCGAAUGACAAAGACGCCAAGGAAGCCAAAGCAGCCAAAACAGCCAAAACAGCAGCCGCCGACAUUGAACGGUCAUGGCAGCGGCUGGUGGAUCGCGGGCCGAACGGCAUGGGCAAGGUGUACAAGGCGCUGGCGAUUCUGCCGGAGAACAGCGGUCGGCGGCGGCCGGUCGGCUUUGGCGGCGAUGUCGUGCAGUAG